CACUACGGUGGCUGUUGGCACUGAUUUCACUUUCUACCUUUCACAACAACAAAAAACAACAUUUGCAGAAUAAAAAAAAAAGAAAAAUAAGUAACCCUUAAUUUGUACAUUAAUUAAAUAAAAUAUGAAUAGUUUAGGAUGGGCUUUAAUAAUAAAACGUGGAUGCUUCUGCUCAAAAGAGACAUUAACAAUAAGUGGGACCAAAUAUACAAUAAAAGACAGACUGGCGCAAGGUGGUUUCAGCUUGAUAGAUCUCGCCGAAAAUAAUAUAACGAGAAAGUUGUAUGCUGUAAAACGAAUUACAUGUCACAGCAUUGACGACCAGAACAUAGCCCUAAGGGAAAUUGAAAAUUGCCGUCGCAUAGAUUCGGAAAAUGUUAUUAAAGUUAUUGACUACGAGCUAAAGGGAUCAGCAGAUAUUGUGAUAAACACAACGAGUUCUUUAUACAUUGUAUUGCCAUACUACAAGAAUGGCUCUUUGCACGACCACCUGCAAAUGCGAGCGAAAAGGCAGGACCAUAUGCCAGAGUCGCAAAUAAUGCAAAUAUUUCUUGGAAUCUGUGAGGGCCUAAGGGCGAUUCAUGAUGCUAAACCAGUGCCUUUGGCCCACCGUGAUCUGAAGACUGCGAAUAUAUGCUUGUCAGAUUCCUUUGAACCAAUCAUCGUCGAUUUAGGUUCGAUGACACAGGCUCGUCUGCAAAUUUGCGGUCAAAGCGAAGCUCAACGACUACAGGAUGAGGCUGAGGAACGCAGUUCCAUUGUUUACAGGGCUCCGGAGCUAUUUAGCGUAAAAUCGUAUUGUACUGUGGACGAAAGGAGCGAUAUAUGGAGCCUGGGUUGUGUAUUGUAUGCUAUGUGUUUUUUCCACUGUCCAUUUGAUCCUAUUUAUGAAAAAGGUGAUAGUGUAGCAUUGGCGGUACUAAGUGGUAACAUUAACAUUCCUGAAAGUUCAAUAUAUUCACAGGAUAUGCAUGAACUUAUUAACUACAUGCUGCGUAUGGACCCCAUGGAGAGACCAUUUAUUUAUAGUGUGAUUGAGAAAUGCCACGAUCUGAUACAAAAGCUUGAAGGUCGUGUUUAGCACAUUCCAAUAGCUGGCACAUGUGUUAUUAUCUCCAUUAAAUGCAUACAUACACCUUUUCAAGGAAUAUUCCGUUUACUAAGUUUACAUUAUA